UUAUUAUGUUUUAAUAUUAAAAAAACGCUGUAGGACAGACAAUCUUGAUGCACGCAGAGAGUGUUUUGGAAUAACACCCUUGGAUUACGGGCAGUGUAAUGUAAAAUUGAUGGUAAAUUCAUUUCCUGUUCUGAAUUUGUUUUGGGGCACUGGGUAUACAGUUUCGAUUUUAAAAUCGUAAUAAGUGACUGAUGUCUAUAUCGAAUUCGGAAACAUUUUCAUUCAACACAAUCAGUCGUAGGAAACACAACUAAAAAUCGGAGAAGACAAAAUGGAAAGAAGGCAUCAUAAUAAAACGGACAAGGUAGUGGUAAAGAAGUACCCACUGGCUGAGUACAAGGAGAAGAUCAACAGCCUGUUCCCACUGCCAGCGAGGCCGGCGGAUAUGUGUCACGAUGCGUUCCUGAAGAAGCUCCUGGAGCCAUAUGUCCUCGAGACCAAGAAGGAAGUGCGUGCCGUCAGGAUGUCGGACAUCUCCAGCAGCGGCCUCGAGGAGGAUCCGGACGAGGCCUUCCGGGCGAGGAUGUACAAGACUGACUACACAGCUCGGGCCAGCGUGUGGAUGUCGAGGGUCACCAGGAUUAGCGCUCCCAAGUCGAUCCUCAGUACCGACCAACGCGAUUCGGCCGCCCUGACGACCCAGAUGUUCAAGGUGCGCUUUGCCAACCUGAUAUCCGACUUCCGGAACGUGUGCAUCAUCUAUCAGCUGCUGCAGCUGCAGGAGAUCCUCAAUGUGAUGCGGGAGUAUCCGCCGGCCGGCACCAAUCCCAAUGACACCAUCUUCGGUUGGUCCUACAAACAGAAUCUAAAGCGGUUCGAACAGCAAACGAACACCGUCUAUGUGGACAUUCUGGAGAAGAACAAGUCGGAGGCCACGCUCGACGACCUCAAGUUCUAUGUGGAUCUUGGGGAACUAAUCGGUCUGGUGCAGGCCCUUCUGGACGAUGUCGUCCACGAUAGAGAUCUCUGCGCCUCGCGUGGCUUCAUGGAACUCCUCAAAGAUACCCAGGUGGACAUAGACAAGCUGAUUGCCGUGCCCUACGAGACAAUAAUGGCCGAACACGACUCUUUAGUUGAGGAGGAUGCAAAGAAGAACCGGGUUGGAAAAUUCCACAAUCCUAAAUUGGUGGCCAAACAGCAUGCCCUUAACAAGGAGCGAUUCCAGAUCGAUUAUAUGAGUCCCAUAGAAACCCGAUACAAAGUGAAUUGGACACACGAUAAUGUGGAGCAGGGACAAUAUAUUGAUUUCCUUCGCUGCAAGGUACUUUCCGAUGAGUUGGACAAAAUUGAGGAGCUCACCCGCAAGGAUUCGCAUGUGUGGAGAAGCUGCCAUUUGGAGUAUGUGACUCUGAUCGAGCAGUACAAGAAUCGCAUUAAUUCGGUCCAGAAGGCCUACGACGACGAUAUGGAAACAGCCGAGAACAUGCUACAGGCCACCAUCAACAAGGUGAGCAAGUGCAAGGAGGACCUAAGAUCGUACAAGGAAAGAGUGGAGAUUUUCCACCAGAAAAUUCAAGAAGUGCGGGAUAAGAUGGCAAAGGAAGCGGAAAAAGAACGUGCCCGUUUGUCAGCGGCUCGAGUUUCAAAGAGAUUGUCCAGGAUAUUGGCUAAACAAAAGGAAGAAAAGGCUGCCGCCAAACAGGCCAAGUUAGAAAAACGGCUGGCAAGGCGAAAUAAAAGUGAAGUCGUCGUUUCACCUCCAACAAAUUAAAGAUCGUAUAGCUUAACUUUAAAAUUACAAUAAUGUUUAUACGAGACAAUUUGGUUUAAUAACUUUUUGCCUACAAUAAAAUUUAUUAAUUCCAGAAACUAAA